CGCUGUUCUACAAGCUGGCUCCCUCCGCUCUGGGAGUGUUUCGCAUUUAAACAAACACGGUCCUGCCGAAGAUGGCGGAGAGUUUGUAGAGGCGUAAAAGAAACUGGUCUACUCAAUGAAAGCGUCGAAGUCGGAGAUGUUGAGACACUGACGCGCCACUAGACCUUGGAUGGAGCUUGACUGGGGCUUGUACUGGUCAAGGUGCUGAUAUGCGCUGAAGAUGAGUGGCAUAGGAGACAACUCGUUGGAGCCACUGUGCUCCGACCGCAAACGUAAACUGUCGACCUGUGACACACCAGGUUUAGGGUGUGACAAGCGUCGGAGAGAACAGGAGAGCAAGUACAUUGAAGAGCUGGCUGAGCUCAUCUCUGCCAACCUCUCCAACAUCGACAGCUUCAAUGUCAAGCCUGACAAAUGUGCCAUCCUCAAGGAGACCGUGAGACAGAUCAGACAAAUCAAAGAGCAAGGAAAGAGCUCGUGCAGUGAUGACGAUGUCCAGAAGGCUGAUGUGUCCUCCACUGGUCAAGGGGUCAUUGACAAGGACCAUCUGGGACCGCUGCUCCUACAGGCAUUGGAUGGCUUCCUGUUUGUGGUUAACCGAGAGGGCAGCAUCGUAUUUGUGUCAGACAACGUGACGCAGUAUCUACAGUACAAGCAGGAGGAGCUUAUCAAUACCAGUGUGUACAACAUCAUCCAUGAUGAGGACAGAGAGGAGUUCCACAAGAAUCUACCGAAGUCCAAUGCACCAAAUGGGGCAUCAUGGGGUGGAGAGGCACCCCGGCAGAAGAGCCAUACCUUUAACUGUCGUAUGCUGGUGAACUUUGUUCAUGGUCAGAGUCAUGGGAUGACAGAAGAGAGGCCUGUAGGCCAACGCUAUGAGACAAUGCAGUGUUUUGCACUCACUCAGCCAAGGGCCAUGAUGGAGGAGGGAGAAGAUUUGCAGUCAUGUAUGAUAUGUGUGGCACGACGCAUCAUUGCAGUAGAGAGGACGGAGAGGUUUAGCACUCGUCAUGAACUGUCUGGUAAACUGAUCGAAAUUGAACAGCAAAGCACUCUUCACACCACAAUGCGUCCAGGCUGGGAGGACCUAGUCAGGCGCUGCAUGCAGAUGUUCCUCCAUCGAAGUGAGGGACAACCCUGGUCCUACAAACGCCACUAUCAAGAUGCUUUCCAUAACGGCCAUGCAGAGACCCCACUCUACCGCUUCUCGCUCUCUGAUGGCACCCCAGUCACAGCCCAGACCAGAAGUGACCUCUGCAGGAAUCCCAACACCAAUGAGCCGCACUCUUUCCUCUCCACACACUUGCUACAAAGGGAGCAGAACAGUUAUCGUGGAAACCAGGGUGGAGGCAUGAGGCCCCAAAAUAUGGGUGUGAACAAUCCCAACCAACAGAUGAACAUGGGUCCAGGAGGGGGCAUGGGCAUGAACAGGGGCUACAGCAUGGCUGAACAGGGCAAUAUGCCACAAAGAGGAGUGCCUCCAUACACUGGGGGCAACCGCAUGAAUCCUAUGAACCAGAUGAAUCCCAUGCAUCAGAUGAAUCAAAUGAAUUCAAUGCAUCAGAUGAACAACAUGGGUCAGAUGAAUCAGAUGAAUUCCAUGCAUCCAAUGAAUUCGCCUAUGAACUCAAUGAACCAAAUGGGGCCCAUGAAUCAGAUGAGCCACCACGGCAUGCAUCAACAGCAGCACCAACAUCAGCAGAUGGGUCAGUACCAUGGAGGUGGAGGUGGACCUGGAGGUGGAGGAUACGGAAUGGGAAUGACCAGUCCCCCUCAGGCUAGUCCAGGGAUUAAUGCCCCCCCACACAACGUCAUGAGUUCACCAAGAGUCCGAGGAAGCCCCAAGAUGGGUGCCAGUCCUUUUUCUCCUGGAGGUAUGAACUCUCCUAUGAGCUCCAGUCAUCCUGGUAAUUCUGGCGGAGGAGGCACCUCCUUCUCCAGCAGCUCCUUGAAUGCCCUCCAAGCCAUUAGUGAGGGAGUGGGCAAUCCAAUGCCCUCCCCACUCACCUCUCCACCCCCCCACAAGCCUGACAGUUCCCCAAGCAUCAACUCCACCAACCAGGGUGCAGGGGGACCCUGUAAACUCCCAGCCUACUCUGACUCAAAGAGCCCAGGCAGCUUACUAGGGGCUGGAGGAGAGCAGCAGCAUCCACACACCCCCACCAGCGAGGGCCCUCCUGACAAGCCAGACAGCCAGGCCAGCAGAGAGGUGGGUCCGACUGGGGGAGAAUCCAACCGAAGGGUCCCUGACAACAAGUGCCACAAGAAGCUGCUGCAACUCCUCACAUCCCCUACAGAUGAGCUGGUGCCAUCUAAUCACACACCAGGCUCCACAGGUGAUGCUAAAGACGGAACAGUGGGAGUCACAAGCCCCUCGUCCUCGACAGGUGUGUCCUCCUCUACAGGUGGGAAUCAUGGUGCCGUGUCUUCUUCUGGUGGCACAGGACAUUUAACAAGUCAGUCACUGCAGGAGAAACACAAGAUCCUUCACAAGCUCCUGCAGAAUGGAAACACACCAGAUGAGGUGGCUCGCAUCACAGCCGAAGCCACUGGGAAGAGCAGCCUGGAUUCAGGGGCACCAGAGCCUGGGCCUACAGCCACUGGAGGGGCUCGAGGAUCAGAAUCAAAGCAGGAGCAGCACAGCCCUAAGAAGGAGAAGCCUCACGCCCUCCUACACUACCUCCUUAAUAAGGAUGACUCUAAAGAAAAUGGUGAUAUCAAACCUAAGCUGGAGGAGCUGGAGGGGAGAGGAGCUCAGGGUGCAGGGGUCACAAGCUCUGAUCCCCACUGCAUGGAUGGGAAGGUCAAGUUGGAGCCAUCAGAUGAGACGGAGACCCUGGAGACCAUUCUUGGUGUCCCAAGGAACAACUCUAGCUUCUACCCUGAACCUGACUCCAGAGCAGGGAAGGAAGUGGGAAACAAACCAGGAAAUAUGCCUGAUAGUUUACAUGAGGGGGAGAGAGGCCCUAUGCCUCCUGCUCAGCGCGCUGCCUAUCAAAGAGCCUUGUCCAUGGAUGCCAAGCCCAUAGGUGGAGAGGGAGCAGUAGGAGGCGGGCUGGCUGGGAGAAGGAAUGUCCCCUGUCCAACUUUGGUCAAACAGGAAAUCAUGGACACUCCGAUCCGAGGGGCCAUUCCCAAUGGCUUUUCCGGAGGCAUGGGUGUGUGUCCACCACGAGGCAACCCAACAAGAGCUAUGGGCAGAGGAAUGGGAAUGCCCCAGCGGCCUCCCAUGUCGGGGCCAGGGGACUGGGGGAUGCCAAGGGCAAGUGGCAGCCCUGUGGCUGGACCAGGACACCCUGGCAUGGGUCGCUCCGGUCCAAUGGCAGGACCCUUGAUCAACCGCUCCAACAGCGUACCGGCAAACACCAGGUCUAUGCUGCAGCAGCAACUCAUGGAUAUGGGUACGAAUGAAGCCAAUAUGGGUAUGAGCCGGUUUAAUGGACCUGGGCCCCCACCUCAGUCCCCAUCCUGGCCAGACUCUGCUAUGGGAAUGGAUAGACCGCAAGGAAGGAAUCCAAACAGUAGGGACCAGUUUGGAAACCCCCUGGAAGAGCUGCUGGGGCCUCUGGCCAACAGUGAGGGCCCAAGUGAUGAACGGGCACUUCUAGACCAGCUGGAUUCCCUGCUCAAUACCGCUGAUGUCAUCGCUCUGCAGGAGAUAGACCGAGCCCUAGGCAUCCCUGAAAUAGUAGGCCAGAACCAGGGACCUGAAGGCCGCCAGCAGGGCCCAGAGCAAGGCCAGGGACCAUGCCGGCCAUCAGAGCCUUUCCCAGGGCCGGAUUCCUCAUUGGGCAUGGACCAAAAACCCAUGUAUAACCAAGGCUACCCCGGGCCUCCAGGUCCCCCCUCUCUGGGCAUGCAGCCUGGUUAUAGUGGCAACAUGAUGCAAGGCCAGUCUCCUGGAGGCUUCAACCCCGUGAUGAAUCAAAUGGGCCAGACAGGAGGCUUCCCUGGCAUGGCGGGCAUGGGCAACCCCCGUGCAAACAUGAUGCGGCCUCGCAUGAUGACUGCGACCAAGCCUCUCCGACUGCAGCUGCAGCAGAGACUGCAAGGACAGCAGUUUUUGAACCAGACACGACAAGGCGUGAAGAUGGAACAUCCCCCAACAGGAAACCCUGGCAUGCAUCCAGGCAUGCAACCUGGCAUGCAGCCUGGCAUGCAGCCUACAGGCAUGGCUGGUCAGCCUGGUUUCCUGAAUGCCCAGAUGAUGGCUCAGCGCAGCAGAGAGAUGAUGACCAUCUCUCAGAUGAGGAGGCAGCGGAUGAUGAUGCUGAUGCAGCAGCAGCAACAACAACAACAACAACAGCAGCAGCAGCAGCAGCAAGGGGCAGCAGGAGGCUUCAGCCCUCCUCCUAAUGUCACUGCACCAGCAGGAAUGGACAAUCCCAUGGGAGGUCCCCCUAUGAACCAGGCUGGACAGCAGGGCUUCAACUAUGGAGGUAAUUAUGGGAUUAACCAGCAGGGGGACCCAUCCUUCAUGGCUCCAGGAAGCAGCCCCCCAGGAAACAUGAUGCAGGGACGAAUGGCAGGUCCUCCUCAGAACACCAUGAUGCCAGGGAUGCAGGGCAACCCACAGGGAGGGCCUCUGUACCCAUCUGGAGACAUGAAAGGCUGGCCACAGGGUGGCAUGCAACGCAGCAACUCCUACCCCCAGCAACAAUUUCCUCAGCAGGGCAACCAAGGCCAGUUUGGACCCAUGAUGAUGGGACCCGGGCCAGUCAGCGGUGCCGGUGUGGGACAAAUGGGCCAAAUGCCAGGACAGAGGCACAGCCAGAUGCAGGGCCAAAUGCAGGGCCAAAUGCAGGGCCAAAUGCAGGGCCAGAUGCAGGGCCAGAUGCAGGGCCAGAUGCCGGGCCAGAUGCCGGGCCAGAUGCCGGGCCAGAUGGGCAUGAACCCCAUGGGUAUGGGCAGAAUGCCAAUGGGACCUGAUCAGAAGUACUGCUGAAGAUGACUGACAGCAUCUGACAUCUGUGGCAGAGUGGUCUGAGCCCUGAGAAGAGCUGGACCUACACACUCAAAAACACACACACACAGUUAGAGUUCUCCAGCCUACAACGUGGCGCAGGAGACUCGGCACAACACACUGCUCAUCCUACAGGAAGUGGGCUACAAGGACAAACACACAUACUGUAAUUCUGCUACGGUGAUGCACAAACACAAGGUAUCAGUGUGUGUGUGUGUGUGUGUGUGUGUGUGUGUGUGUGUGUGUGUGUGUGUGUUCACGUGAACGACCGGGACCUGUCGGGCAGUAUUCAGUGUCACGGCCAGGCUGCAGAACAGGACUACGGUACAACUGGCUGUGGCGGCACUUUACCUGGAGGCUUCUGUGUGGAUUAAAGAUUGAUGCAAUAUUUCUUCAUCGUUACAGCCUUACUAGAGAUUCAAUGCCUUCACAACCAUGGGUUUCUGUUUUGUUUCUUAUCCUUUGGAUGCGUCUCAUUCUUGAAGUCAUUGGAAGCUAUAAGCACACAGUUUACUAUGUUAUGCAGAUUGGAGCAAUAACUCUCGACUCUAUGCUUUAGACUGUAACUGAGCAUCAUUACCCCUGUUAUAAGCAAGCAAAUGGUACUGCAGUAUUAGAUGUCCUCUGUGAAUAUGAAUUGUAAAUAUUCAACAAAAUAUAUCAAACAUGCUUUUUAAAGGCCCAUUAUUGCACAAAGUAUGAGACCUGGUUGUAUUUUUGUGUCCCAUAGGUCAAUACUGACUUGGCUUUUCUUUUUCUUUUUCUUUUUUUAUGCUUUUGCAAAUAUUGCAGGCGUGUUUGGGUUUUCCUUCCCUUGUUUGUAAUUUUCUGAAUGCUGUAUUAUUUUUUUUUUAAUUUUCCAAAAACUUCAUGUUUUUCAUGUUUUAGCGAGGCACUUUUACUUGUGAUGAGUAUCUGAUGAGUUGAAGGUUUGAGCUUUCACAUAGUUGGAGGUUUUAUAGGAAGGUGGUGGAAUUGAAGAGACAUGAUUGAUUAUGUUGGGCUUUGUUUGAGGUGAGCUGUAUGGAGUUCUGCCUGCAGUAUGGUGAAGAUGGGAGCACACACUCCUCAGUUUACCAACAAGCCUGGUCCCUGCAGGGUUCUCCCCUCCCACUAGCUCUCUCUAAGUGCAUUUUUCCUCACACCAUCUUCUUUUGACUGUUAUUCUCAACUUGCUGAAUCUACCUUUUCAACAUGCGCAAUCCAAAGAUAUUUUUCCACAUCUCUGUAUAGUUUCUGAGGUUUCUGGUGUACAUUUUUUAUGAUAUGUGUUAUAUUAGUCUGAUGGUAAAUGGGUACAUAUCAUGGAUUCUGUUAAAGCAUAUGAUGGUUAUGUACUGUAAGCAUAAAAGGCAUGGGGCUCAGUUGUUCUGCUGCGCAAAGAGGACUGGAAACUCCACAGCAGGAAGUUUUAAAUCCAGAAAAAAAAAAAAAAACUAAGCAUGUUUUUGCUGUGAAAGAGAAAUACCAAUGGAAUGAAAUCCACUUUAAGACAUAUCAAUAUCUCUUCUAUUUUUCAGGAAACAACUUCAUUUUAUGUCCAGAUUUUGUUACUUCAGGAAAAGGGAACUUUGUAGAGUCUGAAUGAAGUGCAAAAAGAGGCAAGAGAUCAUUUGGUUUGUUUUUGUUUUUCUUUGUUUGGAGGUCAGAUAAGCUGUCAUUUUACAGGAUGUAUAUUACAGAUUUUUCUGUUGAUGUUGAUAUUGAUGUAAAUACAAAUUUCUAUUUAAACAUU